CACCAAAGUGCUGUCAUGUCCUCUCUCGGAUCCUCUCUGGUUUCUUGUUUUCCUCCACCAUGCUGGCUCAUGCCCUGCGUAGUUACAAACGCGACGCAUGUAAAUAGAGUGUAAUAUAAAUAUCGCAGAACCGAUAGAAACGUCAUUUUUUUCGCGUUACUUCGAAUCCACUUCAUCAUGACUGAUAAAAGGCAGCACAGUUUGUCGAAAGAAGAAAUAGCGAAGCAGUUUAUGCUGCCGGAGAGGAAAAGCAAAAUCGCAACGUUAUUAAAACAGGACGGUCAAGCGUAUUGUAUCUGCAGGAGCUCCGACAGUUCUCGCUUUAUGAUAGGAUGCGACGCGUGCGAGGAGUGGUACCAUGGUGACUGCAUAAACAUAACUGAAAAAGAUGCGAAGCAUAUAAAACAAUUUUUCUGUGUUCGUUGUAGAGAGGAAGAUCCGACGUUGGUAACGCGAUACAAGCCGCGCAGGACUGACCAAGACGACAGGAAGCACAGGAAGUACAAAGAGAAGGAGAGAGGACAUCGAUACGAGUACGACGCGCCGUGGGGUCCUAGCGUGGAGAAGAAAUCGUCCAAGCGUUGCGGGGAGUGUACAGGGUGCCUACGUACGGAAAAUUGUGGGAAGUGCGACGCUUGCAGGCAUCUGAAGAAAUUCGGGCCUUCCGUGCGAUUGAAGCUCAGGUGUAUUCAACGAACCUGCCGUGUGGUGGGCGAUCCGCUGAAACCUUCCAAGAGUCUCAACAAAGGGGCGAAGUUGACCAAGAGGCGGAGGAGGGAUUCGAGUAACGAGAGGAACGAGUACUUGGAGCCGCCGCGCCACUGCUUCGGGCCCACGUGCACGAAGCAGUCGCGACCCGGUAGCAAGUACUGCUCCGACGAUUGCGGCCUGAAGCUGGCGACGAGCAGAAUCUACCAGGUGCUACCGCAGCGGAUACAGGAGUGGUCGUUGACCGCGUGCAUCGCGGAGCAGAACAACAGGCGCGCCCUGGAGACCGUGAGGAAGCAGCAGCACGACGUCCGCAGGAUACUGCAGGAACUCGAGAAGAGGCACGUCGAGUUGGAUCGUAUUGUCGAACGCGCGAAGCACGCCUCCAUCGAUCCGCAAGCCGAAGUGGACGACAACGACGACACGGAGAGCAGCAUGUAUUGCAUCACGUGCGGCCACGAAGUUCACUCGAGAACCGCCGUUAAACACAUGGAAAAGUGUUUCAAUAAGUACGAAUCGCAAGCGUCCUUCGGAUCGAUCUUCAAGACGCGCAUCGAGGGCCAGGUGAUGUUUUGCGACUUUUACAAUCCCGGGAACAGGACCUAUUGCAAGAGGCUGCGCGUUCUCUGCCCCGAGCACUGCAAGGAUCCGAAAAUCGGCGACACCGAGGUGUGCGGCUGCCCGUUGGUCACGAACGUGUUCGACGCCACGGGCGAGUUCUGUCGCGCGCCCAAGAAGAGCUGCGUGAAGCACUACAUGUGGGAGAAGCUGCGACGGGCGGAGAUCGACAUGGAGAGGGUGCGGCAGUGGCUGAAGAUCGACGAGCUCGUGGAGCAGGAGCGGCAGAUCCGGUCGAACAUGGCGACGCGGGCCGGUGUACUGGCUCUGAUGUUGCACUCCACUUACAAUCACGAGCUAAUGGAACAGAUGACGCACGAGCAGAGCAGGCAACAGCUGCAGGCGAUGGAGGAGGAGCUACAGAGGAGAUACGGGAUGCAUCAGAAGGAACAGUGCAUGGAGUAGCGAUCUCUACUUUGUCAUACUUGACUAAUAUACCAUUACUAGGUUUUUGUAACUUUCAGCUGCACUUACCACUUUUUGUAUUUUCUCUUCUCUUUCUUUUUUUUCUCCGACGGUGAAUGUGUUUCACAAUUAAAGGAUGAAGAACGUAAGAAAGUGCAGCUAAACAAAACGGACUCAGUGUUAGUGUUACUUCGAUAUAAUGUUCGUUUCGAACUGAUUACGCGUAGCACGGUCGAUAGUUUUCCUAACAAUUGUCGAUGUAAUCAAUCGCGGACUGAGAGAACAAAAAAGUUGAAAAGCUACAGAAAGUCGGUAGAGUGAUUGUAAACGUGUAUGUACUGUAAUGUAAUGUGCGUAUAUAUGUAUAUUAUAUUAUGUACCUGUUAAAAUGCUAAGAUAAUUCCACAUGAUAAAUAUGGUUCCUUUAAGUCAUUUUUGGAAUAAAUAUGCACGAAGUCCAAGUA